UAUUCGGAUGGACGCAGAUUACGUCUCUCUUCAUAAAAGUUUCUUCAACACACAAGAAACUUUUACUACGUUUCUUGAGCUCGCAAGCUUGCGGGCUAAUAGUUUCUUGCAGGUUUCUUCCGGUGAUCAAUCCCGUACGUCGUGGUUGGGAAUUCUCCAACUUCGCUGCUCUUGGAGGUACCUCUUUGUCGCCAUUUCAUCUCCAUUUUCUCUUCUGUUCUAUGUCGCUUGCAAGAGACAUUGUUUCGAGAUGCCAGCUGAAGGUCCUGAUUCGUCCGAUCAAGACAAGGAACCAUUUGUCGAAGUCGAUCCAACUGGAAGGUUUGGGCGGUACAGUGACCUGCUUGGUGCUGGCGCAGUGAAGAAGGUUUACAGGGCAUUUGAUCAACGCGAAGGAAGAGAUGUGGCAUGGAAUCAGGUUCGCUUAAGGAACUUCAGCGACGAUCCCACCGUCAUCAAGAGGCUUUUGGCAGAGAUUUCGUUGCUCAAGUCCCUCAAGAACGAUUACAUCAUUGUUCUCUACAGUUUUUGGAAGGACAACGAACACAACACCCUGAAUUUCAUCACCGAGGCCUGCACGUCGGGGAAUCUGAGGGAUUACAGGAAGAAGCAUCGCCAUGUUUCGAUGAAGGCCUUGAAGAAGUGGUCAAUUCAGAUACUCAGGGGCUUGAAUUAUCUCCAUACUCAUGACCCGUGCAUCAUUCACAGAGAUCUAAAUUGCAGCAACAUCUUCAUCAACGGGAACAUUGGCAAGGUAAAGAUUGGUGAUCUAGGCUUGGCAGCCAUCGUGGGGAAGAGCCAUCAUGCUCAUUCAUUAUUAGGGACGCCAGAGUAUAUGGCCCCAGAACUAUACGAGGAGGAUUACACAGAGUUGGUGGACAUAUACUCAUAUGGAAUGUGCUUGCUUGAAAUGGCAACCUUGGAGAUACCCUACAGUGAGUGUGACAGUAUUGUCAAGAUCUACAAGAAGGUGACGGCAGGGGUGAAGCCCCAAGCCAUGAACAAGGUGAGUGAUCCAGAACUGAAGGCCUUCAUCCACAAGUGCAUUGGCCAGCCCAGGGCAAGGCCUUCGGCCGCCGAUCUUCUCAAGGACCCCUUUCUUUCGGAUGUUGACUGUGAGGAAGAGGACCUUAAAGAAGGCUGAUUGACGGUUUCCAAUUCUCUUGUCAAAGAUCACUCAAUUGAUGAUGAUUUUCAGCUCAAUGGGAGCCAGCCCACUCUAGCUGACUCCAUCGGCCGAGGGCUGGAUUUUACACCGCUUUCGAUGGACUCAGCCGCCGACUUCAUUGGCAUGAAAAUCAUUAUUCUUACUUUCAAUGUUUCGGUUAAUUAU